AACCUUCCGCCGACGUCAGGGGUUCAGAGUUGAAAGUUCAAGCUAGCGUUUUGCAACAUGGUUGUUUAUAUGCUGUCAUAACAACGUCUCUAACGGUGGCCUAGUCCUCCUUUGGUAGACAUUAGGAGACAAACCAUGUUGUCGAUAAGGACAACGUUAAUAAAUGGCUGCAAACGAGCCGGAGGGGGAAUUCAACACGGUAACGGUGCACACUUACGACAGUGGGUGGCGCGAAAGUGCCACAGCACCAUCACAGCCGAGGCAGGAGCUUCAGCCUCCCCAUCAGCAUCAUCAUCAUCAGCAGCAGCAGCAGCCAGUGUCCCCAAUGCAGCCACAAACAGGAUAGUAGGUCGCUGGUUACUUGGCUGCAGCGGUCUUGUUGUUGGUGCUGUUGCCCUUGGUGGCGUCACACGACUAACAGAAUCCGGCCUGUCCAUGGUCGACUGGCAUCUGGUACGAGAGAUGAAGCCCCCCCAGUCGCAGGAAGAGUGGGAGGCAGAGUUUUCCAAAUAUCAGCAGUUUCCUGAAUUCAAGAUAAUGAACCACAACAUGACUCUGCCAGAGUUUAAGUUCAUCUUCUACAUGGAGUGGGGUCAUCGCAUGUGGGGCAGGCUGGUGGGUCUGGCCUACAUCCUCCCCACUAUGUACUUCUGGAGGAAAGGCUACUUCACUCGCUCCAUGAAGGGAAAAGUGCUCGGGCUAUGUGGAUUUGUCUUCUUCCAGGGCCUGUUGGGUUGGUACAUGGUCAAAAGUGGUCUGGAGGAGAAGCCAGAGUCACAUGACAUCCCACGGGUCAGCCAGUAUCGACUGAGUGCUCACCUGGGUUCCGCCUUACUCCUUUACUGUGCCAGUCUGUGGACCGGCCUUACGCUACUGCUGCCUGCUCACAAGUUGGCGGAGACCAAACGCCUCAUACAGCUUCGAAGGUUUGCCAAGGGAACCAGUGGACUCGUCUUCCUCACAGCUCUUUCAGGUGCUUUUGUCGCCGGUUUGGAUGCUGGCCUGGUGUACAACUCCUUCCCUAAGAUGGGAGAACGUUGGGUCCCUGAUGACCUGUUGGCCUUCUCUCCCACCCUCAAGAACUUCUUUGAGAACCCCACAACUGUGCAGUUUGACCACAGGAUCUUAGCAGUCUCCUCUUUGACGGCCAUCACUGGGCUGUAUCUGUUUUCCAGAAGGAUGGUGCUGCCUAGGAGAGCUAAGAUAGCCAUCAGCCUCCUCACAGCAAUGGCAUACGGACAGGUUGCACUGGGAAUUAGCACCCUGUUGCUGUACGUGCCUACUCCGCUGGCAGCGACUCACCAGUCUGGAUCUGUGGCGCUACUCUCGCUGGCCAUUUGGGUUCUGGCCGAGCUCCGUAAAAUGCCCAAAUAAUGAUGGACAAAUGUCUUUCCUGGAUUCCUAGAAGACUCAUUCAUUCUGCCCACUCUGCCUUGGUUUAUUUCUUCAUAUUGUUUAUUGUAAUUUGUUUUAAACUAUACAUAAAUUGUAAUUUAAGUAAUAAUGUAAUGAAAUAAAUUUCACAUUAAAAAAAAAAAAAUGUGUGUCCCCAGCCUCUAUUUGAGGAAAUAAGGUAUCAAACAGCAUUUAUUGUCACAGCGGUAUAAUUUCACAUUUUGUAGCUUGAAAGGCUGCUUUUAAGACUAAAUUUCUCUUUAUGAACCCACUUACUUGUUUUGAAUGUAAUUACAGAGCAAGUUAUAUUUGUCUCCACCAUUCAACUGCCUAUUUGCUGAACAAGAUGCAGCUCUCGAAAUUAUGACUGUAUAACAUUUAUAUUUAAAUUAUGAACUGCUUCUUGCUGACAAAGUAAUAAAUUAUGGAUCGAUGUUGCGUUCUUGUAUUAUUUCAAUAAAAUGUACAGUCUGAAAACAA